AAAUGGCGCCGAAAUCGUGUAGCGUUCAGUACAAGCCAUCUUCAGUGUAACUGAGAGAGAGAGAAUAACAAAUACUAUAUUGAACGCACCGCAAUCAAACAGUCGAAUCGCAUAUUCUUAUAACCCGACACAGCACGAAAAACCACACAAAAUCCAUAAAUUCCAUUCAAAUUCUAGUUUUAAAUUAUUCAUAUUCAUUUCAUUGAUAUUUAUUUGUAAAAAUGCAAGUAAUUUCAUAAACAUUUGUAACACAAGCAAUACAUAAACCAGCCAAAAGACGCUAACAAUUGACAAGCAUUGAGACAGAGAGCUACCAAAGUAAUUGAUUGAUUGAGGAAGAACAAAAUAAGAGAGAAGAAAAAAAAAGUAUUUUGACAUAAUCACCACUCAAAGCGAGUCGACUGAACUAGUCACGAUUCGGACUGAGUGUGGUUACCAUCCGACAAAUUUUAACCAAUACCGAAUCAACUAGGAACCAUCCAAUGGCGGAUUACAGUGACUUGGAUCGACAAAUCGAACAGCUAAAACGAUGCGAAAUCAUUCGUGAAAGUGAAGUCAAAGCACUAUGUGCCAAGGCACGAGAGAUUCUCGUCGAAGAGGGAAAUGUUCAACGUGUCGAUUCACCAGUUACGGUGUGCGGCGAUAUCCACGGGCAAUUUUAUGAUCUCAAGGAAUUGUUUAAGGUUGGCGGCGAUGUGCCCGAAACAAACUACCUGUUUAUGGGCGAUUUUGUCGAUCGCGGCUAUUACAGUGUAGAAACAUUUCUGCUGCUAUUGGCACUGAAAGUACGCUAUCCAGACAGAAUAACAUUGAUUCGCGGCAACCACGAAUCCCGACAAAUUACUCAAGUCUAUGGAUUUUAUGAUGAAUGCUUACGCAAAUAUGGAUCGACCGAUGUAUGGCGCUAUUGUACAGAAAUAUUCGACUAUUUAAGUUUAUCGGCGAUCAUAGAUGGUAAAAUAUUCUGCGUACACGGUGGCCUCAGCCCAUCGAUACAGUAUUUAGAUCAAAUUCGAACAAUUGACCGCAAACAAGAGGUUCCACACGAUGGACCCAUGUGUGAUCUACUUUGGAGCGAUCCAGAAGACACAAUCGGAUGGGGUGUAUCGCCUCGUGGUGCUGGUUAUCUUUUUGGAUCUGACGUUGUGACACAAUUCAAUAAUGCCAACGACAUCGAUAUGAUUUGUCGAGCGCAUCAACUGGUUAUGGAAGGAUACAAAUGGCAUUUCAACGAGACUGUUCUGACCGUAUGGUCAGCACCAAACUAUUGCUAUAGAUGUGGAAACGUAGCUGCUAUACUUGAGCUGAAUGACCAUCUGCAUAGAAAUUUCAUCAUAUUUGAAGCAGCACCGCAAGAAAGUCGAGGCAUUCCAUCAAAGAAACCGCAAACGGAGUACUUCCUGUAAAUGGACCAUUUCAUCGUGAAUGUCAACCAACAUUUGAUUAGCCGACCAUUAUCGUCAGUGUACUUUUUUUUAACCCAUUACGAUUUUCGAUUGUGAACCCAUGAAAAAAAAGAAAAGGAAAAAAACAAACCAACAAAGCGAAAGCAGCCAAAACACACACACACACAAAACAGAGGAACAUAAUCAAUUUCAUAACUUUUUUCUACAUUUAUUUUUAUAAAUUGAACGUUUCACUUGUUUUAAUGACAACAACAGAGAGAAAAAAAGAGUAAAUUCCCAUAUUUUCAUUUGAUUUCGACCCAAAUCAGGCAUUUUACAAUUACAUUUUUAAAUGAUUUGUUCUGGAGGGGAAUCAAUCACUUAGUUACUAUUACCAUUAUGUGGACAUUUAAGUUUUGUGUAAGUUUUUCGGAAAUUACUCAACCAGCUUAGUUUAGAUGAUACAAAAGAAAGAGUUUGAACAAUUGUAUUUGGUCACUGUAAUUGGUGACGAUGCGAACAUUCGCUCACGAAAGGUUGUUCUUGUUCAGGUCAAUUAAUUGGAUCUUCCAUUGCGAAUUAUCUCCGGCAUACACACCAAACAAAUACCCCAAAAUAGCGAAUAGUCGCAAUGAGAACCUAAAUCGAAAACCCAAUAUAAAUUUUUUUUUCGUCUAAAAUAAAGACUUGGAACAGUAGGUGUUUCAUCCAGAACGGUAUACAUAUUCGUAACAGUGAAAACGAGACGAUGGAAACAAAAUCAUAAAUAUAGUAGAAAAAGCUAACACAAAAUAAUCAUUAGACAAAGACUAUCGUCAAUGAUUUCAUUUUAGUAAUGUAAGAAAUUAAAAAAAAAGAAUAGACGAAUUGGAGCAUAAAUGUUCACAUAAGCAAA